CAAAAACUGGUUCUGGUACUGUUAUGUCAAAUAUAGUGAUACUAGUAAAUUGCGAGUCAGUAUGGCGAGUCUGUCUUCUUUACCUGUAUCAAGAAACUUGGACUUCAAACUGGUCAAAAAUAACUAUUCUCGGUGUAUUGGAAGAACCAGACAAAACAAUUACUACAACUAUUCUCAAUAUGUUGGAAGAACCAUACAAAACAAUUACUACAACUAUUCUCAGUAUGUUGGAAGAACCAGACAAAACAAUUACUACAACUAUUCUCAGUAUGUUAGAAGAACCAGACAAAACAAUUACUACAACUAUCGUCGGUACGUUGGAAAAACCAGACAAAACAAUUACUACAACUAUCCUCAGUAUGUUGAAAGAACUAGACAAAACAAUUACUACAACUAUUCUUG